AACUGCAUUGUACAGUCCUCGGUCUAUCCGUAUCUCUGGUGCUGAUUACUAAGUCUGAUUUUUGCCGCGCCUGUUGAUUUGUGAUGUCUAGGCUCUAACUGUUCCUGUUUGCGAGUACCUCUAGAGGCUACUGAGUUUGGAUACUAUGGCUGAUAUUGUGAGGGUGAGCGAUGUGAAGGUGGGAGGAGAAGCAGCACUGUAUAUUAGACAGCGAUUGAAACAUAGUCCCGAGGAGGAGGAAAGACUGGAAAGGCAGCACUUCUGGAAGAUUAUAAAUGCAUUUAAGUUCUAUAGGAUCCAUAUUCAUGAAAGAGUGAAUCGAGCAGAAAGACAGUUUAAAUCGCUCCCAGAUAACCACCAGAAGAUGCUUCCAAAUUUUCUUCAACAUCUAGAAAAAAUCCGGAAGUGUGCUGAUCACAACCAAGAUGUUCUUCAGGCUAUUGUGAGUGACUGUGUACACAUGUUUGAAAACAAAGAAUAUGGAGAAGAGGAAGAGUAUAGCAGAAUUAGACCAGCUUCUACUUUUGACAUGGAUAAACUGAUUUCCACCAUUAAACAAUUUGUAAGAGAUUGGAGUGAAGCUGGAAAAGCUGAGAGAGAAACUUGCUAUCAGCCAAUAAUUAAUGAAAUUCAAAGGGCCUUCCCAAAAGAGAUAUGGGAUCUGUCAGAAGUGAAAGUACUUGUACCUGGAGCAGGACUUGGCAGGCUGGCAUGGGAGAUUGCUAAACUUGGUUACGCAUGCCAGGGAAAUGAAUGGAGCCUCUUCAUGCUUUUUUCAUCCAAUUUUGUGCUGAACAGAUGUUUUGAAGUAAAAGGGAUGACUCUUUAUCCUUGGCUUCAUCAGUUCAGCAACAAUAAAGCAUCCGCUGAUCAGAUCCGACCUGUUAAUUUUCCAGAUAUUAAUCCACAUGGUCUUCCAUUAGAUUCUAAUUUUUCCAUGACAGCAGGGGAUUUUUUGGAGAUCUACACAGAACUGGAUACGUGGGACUGCAUAGCAACGUGCUUUUUUAUAGACACAGCACAUAAUGUUGUGGAUUAUAUUGAAACAAUCUGGAAUAUUCUUAAACCAGGAGGAAUAUGGAUUAAUCUAGGUCCUUUACUCUAUCACUUUGAAAACAUAGCAAACGAGUUUUCAAUAGAGCUAAGUUAUGAAGAUAUCCGAAGUGUUGUUCUGCAGGUUGGAUUCCAGAUGGAGGUGGAAAAAGAAUCAGUGCCUUCAACUUAUACAGAGAAUGACCGAUCCAUGUUAAGAUAUCUUUAUGACUCUGUUUUCUUUGUGGCUAGAAAACCAGCAACAAAGUCAUUACAAAAUGGUUUCCCGAAAGAAGACAGUGAUAAAAAUGAAACUUCUAUGUCCAGAAUAGAAGUCAGCAGUGCAAUACAUCCUUCAAACGAACCUUUGAAUCGCAUUAAAAGUUAAAGUUGGUGUCUUCUUCGUGGUUGCAGGAUUUGAAAGAGAGAGAAUGUACAUUUUCAUGCAGUCUGAAAAGACAAAGUGGGAAUGUUAAAACACAGAUCUGAGUGCCUGCCUUGUUUACCAUUUCCUGCAUUUGUUUGUAUAACAACAGUAUUAAUGAACUUUAGUCUCUGUUUAAUGUAGGUGGAUGAAAAGGGGAAGACUUACAUUUGUACUUACUUUUUGAUGCACAUACAGUUUCUGUAUUCUGUAAAUACAUUUCUGCUGGUCAGAUAACACAUUCUAGAUGUGAAGGUAAUAAGCUGUAUGUGGAUGCAUAGCUAUUUUAUAUAAAUUAGUUCCCUCCACCCUUCCAUUUUUACUGUGCAUCUGCAUUUAGGUAAAUUAUUGUGUUCAUUGUAUUGUUCGUUGUUGCAGUACUUAUAAUACUGACCUUCUACCACAGAAGGUCUAGCCCAGUUUUCAAGUCUUUUCACUCUUCACCCUCAGGCUGUGAGGGCAUCUUCCCAUCUAGCCAACAAGCAUACCUGUGGUAUAAAAGGGGUGUGAGUCCAUGCCAUUGUUGUUUCUUGCCAAAGUGUGGGAAAGUUCUUGGGUUAAUGCAGGUUCUAGCACUGUUACUAUUUCAGUUUGGCUUGCCUGAUAGAGUAGCCUACUCAUGAAAGUCAUUUCAUACAUUUUUGUGUAUGUUUGCAGCUAAGGACAUUUCAUGUGUCAGGGCUAUAAACAACAGUUUCUAAAGUCAGUUAACUGCUUUACUUGUAAGAAGCAAAUCUUGCACAGAUCCUUUUGUAGUCUGUGCUUGUUUGGCUUAGGUUCAGUAGGUCUCAUCACCUACUUUUUCUAUUGUGUAAGGUUCAACCAGAAUACUCUUGAGCAGAGUGCCAAAUCUCUCCAGGACUGUCUGAACCAGAAAGGGUUGUGCACUUGUCCUGGGCCAUUAUGGUGUCAGCUAAGUCAUCCAUGGAUGUCCUACUCAAAAAACAAAAAAAACUGCCCUAGAGAGGAGUCCUGGGAGGCCAACAGUAUAUCCAUUGAGUUCAAAAAUCCAUCCCAAGCUUGAGAGCAUUGGUUCAUUAAGGUGCUUUUUCAUCCCCCAACUCUUGACACCUGCUUGAACCAACACCUCUGGGGAUGCCCUCCAGGAGACCACCAUGCACUUAGAUUAGCUGAAAUUCUCCAACAGUUGGUCAGUCUGGGCAUGUCUCAGUGGACAUCUGAUUACAUUGCCUGUAUCUUUAGGUCAGUGUUCCUUCAGUUUUUUUUUUUUACACAAGGACAUCCAUGGUACUAAAGUAGAAGUCAUCAGCAUCCGCCAAUAACUAAAGACAUCAAAGGUGGACUUCACUCCCAAAAGCAGGGUAAAGGUAUCCAUGUUUCAGGCAUCCACUAUCUUGCCUCAGUUUGAAUUGGGGCAGGCCUUCCUUCCAUCCCCCAUCCAAGGCCUCUAACGGGACCUGAUUUAGGUGGCUAAGAACUUUGUAAUUUUCCUUAAGAACCUACAGGCAUUGUCAGAGUCACCAUCAGUGUCAUGGGGUCCCUACCUUGAAAAGAAAAAGAACACCCUUCCCCUUCAACUCUCCUGCCCCAAAGAAUCAGACUCCUCUGAUUAGGAUGCAGAUGAACAUGCCUUUGUAGACCAGAUGUUCUCUCCUUUGUUUGACUGAAAUAUUAAGGACACCCUAUCCUUUGUGUCUCCACCAGUGGAUUUCUUAUUUGGGAACACUCUCAGUAGGAUGAAGGAUUUCUUCAAAUGGGGGUCUGAGGAUUACUCUGAUGCCCAGAAAAAGGACAUGACACAUCUGGGUUUACCAAAGCCAAAUCCCUUAGCUGCUUCUCCAGUAGUAUAAGCCUUGAACGAUGCAUUCAGUAAUGCAUCUUUGGAACCAGACUACUAACCCCCUGCUUUCAGAAAGCUUGACUGUUUUUAGGGGGUUGUGGAUCACUCCAAGUAUGUGUACUGUUUUGUGUAAGGGUUCCAUGCCCACAGGCUUGGAAAUUGAAUGCCAUGUCAUUCUCAUGGAAAAGAGGAUUUCUUUGUGCCUUUUCUCCCUUUCCUCUGAUUCGUCAGGUCCUUCUCCAAGUCUAAAAGGAAAAUCCGGAGAUGCGGCUGCUGACCCACUUUUUUGGAGCAAUACAACACUAGUUCUCCUUUCUCUUCAUUCUGGCCAAGCGCAAUCACCACAAAUUACCCCACGGAAUGAACUUGCUGCCACAAGAGGGGCUCCCUCUUUCAUUCAAACUUGUAAAGACUGAACCUGACUCUGUGAGUGGUAGGAUUCUGAUAUACUGUACCAUACAGGCACAUUUUUUUCAAGGCACAGGUAUUAGAGGAGACUAGAAAGCCUGCUAUAAAAAAAUGUUAUGUUUCUAAAUGGAAAACAUUUUCUGUCUGGUGCCAAAAAAAAAACAGGACUCUUGCACAUGUGUAUUCCAGCUAUUCUUUCGUAUUUGUGUGUUGCUUAAUUCAGAACUGGCAUAUUCUUCCAUCAAGACACAUUUGUCGGCCAUAUCCUGUUGUCUGCCAUUGGUUCCACCACUCUGAACAUUUUGAUGACAAGCAGUUUUUGAAAGGCAUCCUAUAUAUCAAGCAACCAAAGAAAUUCUUGCCUCCGCCUUGGGAGAUGAAUUAUGUAUUAGAGAAGCUACCCUUUUCAGGAGUACAUGCUCUAGAUCAGUUGAGCAGAACAGAGGCAAGAUGUCAGAAAGAUUUUGCACCCAGAUACCAGCCACAGGGGCUUGAGCAGCAAAUGCCUUCUCAAUAAACUAGUCAGGUCUUUUUUCAAUGCCUUCCUUCAGUCUCUCUUCUAAUGAUAGUACAGAAGUUGGAGGAGGACAGGCCAAAAAUGAUACUUAUAGCUCCCUUUUGGCCUAGACAGUACUAGUUUUCCCUCAUACUGAGAUAGUAAAUACACAGCUUGCACUGCUGCCUCAGCAUGUGAACCUUUUGACGAUGUCCUUACGCUCUUCAUGUUAGGGUAUAUAUUCGUUACCCCCCUGUUCUGGGUCAAAAGGUUCACAUGCUGACACAGCAGUUUGCACUACUGCCUCAGCAUGUGAACCUUUCGACCCAGAACAGGAGGGGGUGUUACUAAUAUAUACCCUAACAUGAAGACCAUAAGGAUAUCGUCCUUUUUUGGCAGAUAUUUUCUAAUGAUGUACUUUACAUUUUAAGGGAGACUGUGAAACUAAUUACCAGGAAGUAAAACCUAGCAAGAUGGAAAAGAUUUUGCUUUGUUGCCCGAGAGAGGUUCUGGACUUCAAGGACCUCUUAAACUUUUAUAAGUCAGGAUUGUUGUCUUAUGUCUUUGAGAAGUACAUGUGUUUGCAGUCUCAGUCUUCCUUCCUUUCUUGAGAUAGCUCUAUUACAAGUAAAAUAAUUCCUUUUGUGAAUAUUACAUCUGAGCCUCCCCCCACACCACCAAAUAAAAUCUCUUCACCAUGAGACUACAAAAUGUGUGUUAGAAAAGUUAAUGUCGUCACUUUGAUCAGCUGCUGGUCCACCCCUCAAAUAACAGACUUGAAAAGCUGAGUUUUAGUGGAUAUUUUAUCCACUAUAAUGCUAGCAGAACUGCAGGCCCUCAUAGGCAAACGACUCUUCCUUAUCUUGCACAAGAACAUGACACUUCACAUCAAUCGAAUUGCCAUGCCCAAAGUGAUGACAGGUGUUUCUCUUAAUUAGGCCAUUUACCACACUAUGUUGUAUCAUACCCCAUAGAGCCUCAGGAGAAAGGUUCUUGUACACCAUGGACAUGUUUAGGAAACAUAGAUAUUAUCUUGAAAGGAUUAAAAGAGAAAUUAGGUCAGACCGGCCAUAAAUAGGGUAGGGAAAGCAGGCCUGUCUCUAAGUACACCAUUUCUAAAUUCCUGUCUCCCUUGGUGUUUCCUUCUAUCAAUCUUUCUGUGGCAAAAUCUUACCAGGAAGCUCACUCUACAAGAUCCAUAGCAGCCACUAUUGCCUUCCUUAGAUAGGUCAGCACCCAGAUCAUCUUGAAAGCAUCUACUUGGUCAUCUUUCCUCACCUUUUCCAAGUAUUUUUGACCUACACAUUACCUGUAGAUCUAGGGCUGGACUGCCAUACUACAGGUUGUACUACAGUGCACACCUUCCUAAAGCCAGCCACUCACUGGUCCAUAAGCUCUGGGAAUUUUUCUCAAGUGUCAUGUCUACUGUGGCAGUAAUCAAUACAGUAAACAUAGUACAACUGUGUUAUGAACUUAACCGUAAUUGUAGAGGUUUGAGUAUGUUCAGUACUACAGCAAUGUUUCCCUUCCCUCUUCUUCCCUUUCCUGCAGUCAUUCUGGAGUUUAGGUAUGAACUUAGCUGCCUUUCUCCAUGUCUUCAGUCAUUACAGUGCAUCCCCCACUCAGGUUGAUCUGUUAUCUGAAGAGAGAGGUCAAUUUAUUUGGGUUGCCAGUCUUUUUUAUUUUCGGGAGGGGGCAUAUGUCUUUUAGCCAGCUUGUGCUCUGGUUUCAGCCUAGGCCCCUAGAGUUUAAAGGGGCAAGAAAGAACUAAAGAUGGCAUAGACAAACAUCCAUCUUAUACCACAGUUGUGCUGACAUCCAGGUGGGAGGACAUCUAUCCAGCCUGAGGAGGAAGGGUGAAAAGUUCUGGAAGUUGAGCCAGGCCCAAGUAUUAGGUCUUCUGCAGCAGAAGUCCCAACUGUUAUCACUGCUGCAACAGUGUGCCUAGUCAAGCAUAUACAGUUACAGUAAACUCUUAACACAGCUGUACUUUCCCAGACUUCUGGAGUUAGUAAUUUCCUUGUGGGCAUUGCUAGUAUGCCAUUUCUUAAAUGGUGAGGCAAGCCUCAUGAGAAGGCACAGUCCUGUUUCAUAUGAGUCCCAGACAAAUGUGAAAAAACAGUGUACUUAAAAAGCAUAACUGUUACCUGUUAAGAAAGAGCAGGGUAAAGGCAGAAAAACAAGAUAAUAUUCAUGUAUUUGAUUCCGAAAGAUACACAGUACUAAGCCAAAUUCGAGGAGUUCGAAUCUGUGUGUUUGGUGUGUGCACAAGGGGGUUGUCUACUUCUGUAACAUAUAUUUUUUUGUAUGGGGAGGCACAGAGGACUUUUCUGAUAUUGAAAAUAUGUCCAACUUUUGUGUCAUUUGAUGGAGGCUCACUCUGCAAACCUCUGGCUGUUUUGGCAGUUGUAAUUAUAUGUAUAUGUUUAAAACCCAUCAUAACUGAAGUGCACAGUGUGUAAGCAUUGUAAUGAACACGAAAUUAAUAUUUUAACUUCUUUUUAAUAGUGCAUUAAUUUGUUUAAAUGUUACUUUUUAUCAAAUAAAAUUUCCAGUUCAUCUUUA